CUAACAGGGAUGUCUCACACCGGAGGAGUCAACUCGGCAGCACAUGAGGACCGGGAGUCCAGUGGAUGUUACCUGAAAAUGAAGCGUCCGUCCCUUCAUAUGGUGGAUGGAGUCCCAUUUGCCUCGACCUUCCUUGAAGCGACUGGAAAGAUUCGAAACUUCCAGGCCAAGCCAGACGAUGUGCUGAUUGUCUCCUACCCCAAAGCAGGUACAAUGUGGAUGAUUGAAAUCGUGGAUUGCGUUCGCAGAGGAGGAGUCACCAAAGAAAUUCAAACGGUGCCCAACCUAAGACGAGCUCCAUUUCUGGAGAUUGCAGCUUCAGAACUUUUACCCUCGGGUGUGGACCUCCUGGAAGCCAUGCCAUCACCUCGACUGGUGAAAAGUCAUCUGCCAGUGAAGGUGCUGCCCCGCUCCUUUUGGGACAACAACUGCAAGAUUGUCUACGUUGCCAGGAAUGCCAAGGACGUCCUCGUUUCCUACUAUUUUUUUCAUAAAAGUCGUGUUGCAGCUCCAGAUCCAGGAACCUGGGAAGAAUUUUUUGAGAACUACCUGUCUGGAAACGUGGCUUUUGGCUCCUGGUUUGAUCAUGUGACCACCUGGUGGGACAUCAGGGAAGAACACCCCAUCCUAUUUGUGUUUUACGAGGAUAUUAUACAGGACCCCGUGCGGGAGGUGCAGAGGGUGGCCCGUUUCCUGGGUAAGACACUGGAGAAAGAUGUCAUCAGUGAGAUAGUGGAGCACACUUCCUUUAAUAAGAUGAAGGACAACCCCAUGACUAACCACUCCGCGAUGCCACCUUCUAUGAUGAACCUGCAGAUCUCGAGAUUCAUGAGGAAAGGAAAAGUCGGCGACUGGAAGAACCACCUGACUGUGGCCCAGAAUGAGAGGUUUGAGGAGGAGUACAAACGGCGCAUGGCUAAGACCUCACUGCGCCUCAGAGACGAACUCUGAACCUUGAGGUGGGAGCAGAAGAGGUCAGCAGAGGGUCCGGACUGGACUGUAGCUGUGGGUUCAACCCCUCGGUCCCUCUAUUGUAAUCGAAUGCUAGAAAUAAAGUGAUUCGGAUUCUAAAUGGGAGUUGCAGGGCACAAUGUGAGAGGCAGCGGGCAACACUGCACAGUCCAGGCCCGCUAACCGACCAAACAUUUGAAUUUCAAGUCAAUUCAGCGCAAUUUAUUCUUAUUUGAUGAUCUUCACAAAGACGGACGCAGAGUCCCUGGGCGGAAAAUAACAAAUUUAUAAAAGGAGAGAAAUAACGCCUGGCAAUGAAAGAUAAAUACACAAAAAUAAUGCAAAUGAAACAAUCAUCAAGUGUCAGUGAUACUCACAAUGCUGAGGGGUGAUCAUCCACUCAUUUCUGGGGGUCUCAGAAUUGUGCUACAAGCUACUAUGAAUUGUUGGCUAUGGCAGCAGGGUCCUGAUUUUGUUAAACAAUGGAGGGGGAUAAUAAAGACAAUGGGGGGGGCUUAUUAAACUUGUGCAUUAUGAAAUGCGACUUGCAGCAGGAGGAAGACGAGGGUGCUUGUGUUUAGCUGUGCUCACAUCCUUCUAUUGUGGGGUAUUUGCGGUAAAGCCAAUCAUAAAGAUGCCACGGGUCAUCUGAUUGCUGCCAACCAAUCAUCACGUUUCACCGUUGUAACAGAUGUGAGUCAUUGUAAGUCUUUGUAAGUCUUGAAUUGCUUUGUUCUGUUAAACUGUCACAUUCCCUUUGGCACAAGUAAAAGACCUGAUUGUCCUGA